CACGCAACUACAGAAACUGAACGGCUCCUUCUACAAAUCACUAGCAGAGGGAGUACAAUCCAGCCCCAUCUUCGCCGACCCAUUGCUUUCAGAAAUUGCGUGUCCACUCUGUUAAAAAAAGCUUACUUUGAGCUGGCAUUUUGGCUUUCUCACUCGCACUUCAUCUCUUUUCCACCUCACAAUUGCUUGCCAGGAAGAUAGAGAGAGAUCUAUGGAGUUGGAGUUCAGUAGAUUCCACUGCUUUACUUCUCUGGUUAUUCUCAUUAUCUCAGGAUUUGUGCUUCGUGUGGGUUCAGUUGGGAUCAACUAUGGCCAAAUUGCGAACAAUCUACCAACCCCAGAGCAUGUAAUCCCACUAGUGAAAUCCGUUGGAGCUACGAAAGUGAAGCUGUACGACGCAGAUCCGAAGGUUCUUAAAGCAUUUGCGAACACUGGAGUGGAGUUCAUUGUUGGUUUGGGCAAUGAGUAUUUGAGCAAAAUGAAAGACCCAGAUAAAGCUACAGCUUGGGUCAAGCAAAACGUACAAGCUUAUUUACCAGCUACAAAAAUCACCUGCAUCACCAUUGGCAACGAAGUUUUAACCUUCAACGAUACUUCUCUCUCUGGGUGUCUUCUUCCUGCCAUGGAAGGUAUCCACACUGCAUUGGUUAAUUUAGGGUUAGAUAAGCAAGUCACUGUCACUACUGCGCAUUCUUUAGCUGUUCUUGAAACCUCUUACCCUCCUUCAGCCGGGAGAUUUCGUAAAGAUCUGGUUAAUUGUAUUACCCCCGUCUUGGAUUUUCAUUCUAAAACUGGAUCUCCCUUCUUGAUUAACGCUUAUCCUUAUUUUGCUUACAAAGCAAAUCCAAAGCAAGUGCCUCUAGAUUUUGUGUUGUUUCAGCCGAGUCAAGGAAUAGUUGAUCCUUCGUCAAAUCUUCAUUAUGAAAACAUGCUAUUUGCACAAAUUGAUGCAGUUUAUUCAGCACUUGGGUCGGUGGGUUACAAGAAACUCACGGUUCACAUUUCGGAAACUGGGUGGCCAUCUAAAGGAGAUGAAAACGAAGCAGGAGCUACACUGGAUAAUGCAAAGAUGUAUAAUGGGAAUCUGAUUAAGUUAGUUUCGUCUAAGAAAGGGACACCCAUGAGACCCAAUUGUGAUUUGAAUAUUUACGUAUUUGCUUUGUUUAAUGAAAAUAUGAAGCCUGGACCCACUUCCGAGAGAAAUUACGGUCUGUUUAAGCCUGAUGGAACGCCUGUUUAUGCGCUCGGGAUCAAUUCAAGGACCAAUACUAAUAUUUCCUUGCCCUCUCCACCAGCCGGUCCCGCCAUGCCGGACAGUUCUACUGGUUCUACCCCUUCUUCAAAUGGUUAUUUGUCCAUUUCUUCAGCUCUGGAGAGAAAGGUUCAUUUUGGCGGUGUUGGAGCUUUUAUGUUAACGUUAUUGAUGAUGAUGAAUAAUCUGCUACUGUAGAAUUCAGAAGGGCAUUCAAAAGCAGGAGAGGGGAAUCAGAUGCAAGUUUAUUUGGAAUAGGGAAAGGGAAAGGGAUAUUUCAAUUAUUGUGUAACGUAUGAGGACCCCAUUUGUUGAUUUUUAAUUUAGAAUUAGUCAUUCAUCUGCUUUUCUUGUACCCACUUUUGUCAUCGUUAUGAUGCAAAUGUAGUUUUAUUAUGAGGAAAUCUUUUAUUGGUUGUGUUUUCAAUUUGGAGGAUAUGGUAUGGGAAUGGCCUGCAAGUAAGGUUUUAUUCGAAAACUCAAACUUCA